AUGAACAACGAGAUCAAUGGAACAUGGCCAUCCUCAUCAUCGUUUCAUUUGUCCAAAAACCGGACUUCAUCAAGGGCCUUACUUGUUCCCGAUUUUCUAACCAAAACUUUCAAGAUUGUGACCGAUCCAAGCACCAACUCCAUCAUUUCUUGGGCUCGCUCGGGCGAAAGCUUCAUCAUUUGGGAUCACAUCAAAUUCUCCGUCGAAAUUCUUCCCAAAUACUUCAAACACAGCAACUUAUCGAGCUUCGUCUACCAGCUCAACAACUACUGUUUUAGGAAAAUUGGAGUGGACCAUCAAUGGGAGUACGAAAACCCAAACUUCCAAGCCGGAAAAGAAUACUUGCUCACGAGCAUUACAAAACGGGGGCAAAACGGGGAAAUGACGAUACGGAUAAACCCUUCCCACCGGAAUAUAAACAAAAACGCGGUGGAGAUUAAGACGAACAUGCUCAAGAAUGGAAUAAACGAGUCGAAGAUGGAAAUCGAGAAGCUCAAGGCCCGGCAUUCGCGCAUGGAGUCUCAUGUCAAGAAAUUCGAGUCGGAAUUGAGAAAGUCCGAAGGAAAGUCGAGGAGGAUGAGGGCUUGCUGGGCCGCGGCAUGCGAAGAGAUAUUUAAGAUGAGCAAAAAUAAUAAUAAUAAUAAUAUUGUGUUUGGUGAUGAUGAAGUGAAAAGGAAGAGGAAAAUUGAAGGUAAUGAUAAUAAUGUGGCUGAUUAUGAGUUUUUGAAGAGAAUGAUAUUGCAAGAAGAUGAUGAUGAUGAUGACGAUGAUGUGGUUGUGUGUGGAAAUGAAGGAGGGAGUGAGAUGGCAGAUAAGCAGGCCAAGAUUGCUAAGGAUUUGGAGGGCCUGAUUGCAAAUAUGGUUGAUCAAGAUGGUAAUUGA